CUCAUCUUCACUUCCCAGUUCUCGCGCUCUCAGGCUAGCAGCGGUCCCUCCCGCCAUUGCCUGGAAUGUAGUAGCCAGUAGGGCAAAGAAAUUCAAAGAAAAGAGAGAGAGAGAGAGAGAGUGGUGAUGAUGGCGAUGGCUGUUCGCGCGGCGAACGCCUGCUCGGCCCUCAGUCGAUCCCCGUCCCCGCCUUCCACCUCUUGCCAGCACCGCUUCCGCCGAUUCCUUUGUACUCGGCGGAAGGGGAAUUCCUGCUUAGGGUUCUCUGUCUAUGGGGCUGCUCCGAGGCGGGGGAAUGGCGCCGUUGCUCUGUCCUGCUACGGACUCCGGUUCUGCUCGACGCAGGGUCUGCUCGCCAUCGUCAUGGAGGAGCUACAGGAGAUGCGAGCCUCACGAAGAACGAAGGCUCGUGCCAGCGGAAACAGAACUGAAUUGGUGAGUAAUAAGGACCUGUCAGAAGAAAAGCUUGAAAAACGGGUCCUGCAGAAGGGAAUGUUGCUGGAGUUUCGGAAGGAUUCUGAAAGGAUUUUAUUGGCAGUAGCUCAGAGACCUGAUGGAAAGAAAAACUGGAUGGUGUCUGAUCAGAAUGGGACUGUCUCCUCCAUAAAGCCCCAACAGGUCACAUAUAUUAUUCCUGGUAUUGAGGGCUUUGACCAUUCUGAAAUCUCAGACUUCAUCAAGAAAACUGAGAGUCUUUUGGAUCCUACUCUUAUUGAGUAUGCUUGGGAGGAGUUGCGAGAGACAAACAAGGCAGUGACUGCUGAAGAGCUAGCAGAGAUAAUUUAUGGUGCAACAGAGUCACUGGAAAGUUAUUGUGCACAUCUUUUGCUCUCAAAAGAUGAGAUAUACUUCAGCGUGUUGGAAUCUAAAGGAUACUGCCCUGUGUAUGGACCUCGCCCAGUUCAACAGGUAGAAGAGCUUCUAUUUCGGAAGCAUGCUAAGGAAGUUGCUGAGAAAGAGCUAGAAGAAUUUGGCCAGUUGAUAAGAUCUGCAAAAAUGAUGCCUUCACAAUCUAAGCCUCCCAAACACUUUUGGAUAGGAGAAGAGAAAAUCCGUAAUAGAGUUGAAGCUCUGGAAGCUUAUGCUCUUGAUAGAUGUAGGAAUGAUGAGCAAAAGAAAAUGGCUGGCAACAUAUUGAAAAGUUGUGGACUACAGAAGGCUUCUGCUGCUGCUAUGAAUCUGCUGAUUGAUAUAGGAUACUUCCCUAUACAUGUAAAUCUUGAUCUUAUGAAGCUGAAUAUCCCCACCGAAUACUCGGAAGAGAUUCUGUUGGCUGCUGAUGAGGUUUUGUCUCUUCAGCCUGAUCCAGAUAAGAUGAUCCGGAAAGAUCUUACGUUCUUAAAGGUCUAUGCGAUUGAUGUUGAUGAAGCUGAUGAGCUAGAUGAUGCAUUAAGUGCAGAGAGGAUGCAGGAUGGUCGAAUCAAAGUUUGGAUUCAUGUUGCUGACCCUACACGAUUGUUAAAACCUCAGAGCACGAUAGACAGGGAAGCAAUGAAAAGAGGAACUUCAGUUUUUUUGCCUACUGCAACUUACCCAAUGUUUCCUGAAAAGAUUGCUAUGGAGGGAAUGAGUCUCAAGCAAGGACAUGUUUGCAGUGUUGUCAGUGUGUCUAUUAUAUUGCGUGAAGAUGGCAGUAUUGCAGAAUAUGAGGUUCAAAAUUCUAUUAUCAGACCUACCUACAUGUUAACAUAUGAGAGUGCAUCCGAGUUGCUUCUUCUUAACUUGGAGGAAGAAUCAGAACUUAAGCUUCUUUAUCAAGCUGCUACUCUUCGCUUUCAGUGGCGUCUUCAGCAGGGAGCCAUUGAUACAGGAACUAUAGAAGCUCGUGUCAAGGUGUCAAAUCCAGAUGAUCCAGAGCCUCUGAUCAACUUGUAUGUUGAAGAUCAGUCUGCAUCAGCUAUGCGUCUUGUCUCAGAGAUGAUGAUACUUUGUGGGGAGGCUAUAGCCUCAUUUGGUUGCAGCAAAAAUAUUCCCCUCCCAUACAGAGGACAUCCUCAGUCAAGCACAUCUUUUUCUGCAUUUGCACAUCUUCCUGAAGGACCUGCCCGGACUUCAACUUAUACUAAGGUACUACGAGCUGCAGAAUUGGACUUCAGAAAGCCAAUACGUCAUGGACUUCUUGGUCUGUCUGGAUAUGUGCAGUUCACAUCUCCCAUACGAAGAUACCUUGACCUUCUUGCUCAUUACCAGGUGAAAGCUUUACUGAGGGGAGACUCACUACCUUUUUCUGCUGGUCAAUUGGAAGGGAUAGCAUCCAUGACAAAUGUGAAGGUUAGAAUUGCAAAAAAGUUGUCUAGCGACAGUUUACGGUAUUGGUUAUUGGAGUUCCUGAGGCGACAACCUAAAGACAGGAAAUAUCGUGCUUUGGUGCUUAGAUUUAUAAAAGAUCGUUUAGCAGCAUUGCUUUUGUUGGAGAUUGGAGUUCAGGCAUCUGCUUCAGUAUCUAUAGGUGUUCAGAUUGGGGACGAGGUAGACAUUCAGGUUGAAGAAUCACAUCCCCGUGCUGACAUUCUCACCGUUAAGGAAGUCUAGGUGAAUCCCCCAAAUGUUGCAUGACGUUGAUCAUCACAAGAUUCCAGCUUGGCAUUUUGUCUGCUGCCAAGACAAAAUCAGGAAGUUCCUGAGUUUCUGGUUAGCGAGACAAAAAGGAGUCGGCCAGAGUCCAGACUAGUGACUGCUGAUUUCCUGUUUGAAUUGUUGGAAUAAAGUUAGUGGACGAGAGCGGUCCCUCAUAGAGCAUCCCAUGUCGGUUGAGGCACAAUCAGAUAUAGUCUUUAAUGAGAUUGUUGCGGUGGCUUGACCUUGGAUUCCAAAGUUGAUAGUUAAAUGGAUGCAAGUUUCAUGAUUGCGGGAGGGAGCAAGCUGACCAUGGUAUUGAUACGCAGUUGUAAGUACAGAUUUUGAUUGGGCUUGAGAAUCGUAGCAGUCAAUAGAGAUGCUAAAACGGAUGGCAACGAUUCUUGGAGAGUUUAUGCCCUCUUAAGCAUUUAUUGCAGCUGAAUUUUUUUCCCCUUUGAUCUUUCUGUAUGGAAGUUAAGCAGGAACGUGCAGUUUCUAAUGUAUAGAUGAGUUCUCCUUUUUUCC